AUGCCUGCUGUUCCUCGAGUGGAUCGUAUCAAAACAGUGUACAGUGCCGCGAAAGCGCUCAACUUUGCGUGGAGGUUCACUGAUUUCCUGAAAACUCCGGCUUACAACGGUGUUUCCAGAUAUGUGCCCCAACUACAUAGGAUAACUUUUCGCUUUUGUAAGCAAAGCGAAGCAAGCGUCGGUGUGCGGAAUUUCAUUGAGCGCAGAAUUUUAGAACUUGGAGCUCGUGUGCCAUCUGUAGUUGUGUAUACGCAACCUGUUCGCAAUACCGUUCCUGUUAUCCGUGCAGAAUACGGAAAUGGACGAAUUGUUCAGCUGAACGCCAAGAAUAUGAGUAUGGAAGAUGUGGAACGGGAUGUUAAUCUCCUAUAUUCUCGAAGCGGUCUCCCAGUUGUAAAAUUAGAAUCUCCCCAGAGUGCCGCUACACCUUCUGUACAGGCUUAUUGA